AUUUGCAAUAAAUGAAUUUGCAACAGAACAUUGUCAGCCAAGCUACAAACCUGCAACAGAUCUCAAGUAGCCUCCAACAUUGGAGCGUUCUUUUAAGGAAGUGGUUGGAAGGUGGGAGCGGUCAUCUUGUUCGUACUUCCAUCGGAAAAGCGUGUUUGCUUGUGUGAAACAGCGCUAGAAAGCGAAGAAAAGUGAGUCUUUUUGAGAGAGAGAGAGAUAUAGAAAUGGUGGGACCAACAAGGCCACAGUUCGUGCUCUUUGGAUCCUCCAUUGUCCAGCUCAGCUUCAGCCAUGGCGGUUGGGGCUCCAUUCUCACCGACAUCUACGCUCGCAAAGCAGACAUAGUGUUGCGAGGGUACUAUGGAUGGAAUUCAAGGCGUGCUGUUGAAGUCCUGGAUCAAAUUUUCCCAAUGGAUGCUGCUGUACAGCCUGCUUUGGUGAUAGUCUAUUUUGGUGGUAAUGAUUCCAUGGGGCCUCACUCAUCUGACCUAGGUCCUCAUGUACCACUUCCUGAGUACAUAGAGAAUAUGAGAAAGAUUGCAGUUCAUCUCAAGAGCCUCUCUGACACCAUACGCAUCAUUUUCCUGAGCUGUCCUCCAGUUGAUGAGGAGAGGGUUCGAUCAGGCACAAGUGGAAUUUUUAGUGAGCUAGUACGAACAAAUGAGUUAUGCCAGAAGUAUUCAGAAGCAUGCAUAAAGCUAUGCCAGGAAAUGGGUGUGAAAGUUGUUGAUCUUUUCUCUGCACUUCAAAAAAGAAGCGACUGGACGACUGCUUGCUUUACGGAUGGAAUUCAUUUAGGUGCUGAAGGGAGCAAAAUAGUUGUGGAGGAGAUACUGAAGGUGCUGAAGGAGGCUGAGUGGAGUCCAUCUCUACACUGGAAAUCCAUGCCCACUGAAUUUCCUGAGGACUCGCCAUAUUAUCUUGUUGCUGCCAAUGGAAAAACAACACUAAAUCCCUCUGACUGGACAUUUCACAGGGAAAUUCAAUGGGAAUAGGUAGUAGUACCAACUUUU